AGCGGCAAGCUGAAUUGGUGUCACCGGCUCUUUUGUCUGCUGCCACUUGAAUCCGACUUCGUAGUUCAGUCAUAAAUUCAUAAUCAUAAUCUCAUUGUGAGUUAUGAGUAUGAAAUUAGGAGCGUACGAAAGUGACGGAACCUUUCUUCCAACCGUUCUCUUUUCUGUGAUUUUAUGAUUAUGAAUUUAUAACGUGCGAGCUAGUAUGUUAAAUUUAGAUAUCUGUUAGUUACUACUUAAAAUCAGUUAAAUUUCAGGGGGCACCUGUUGUGGUCCUUGUGGAUCUCACUGACAGCAUUGGCUCACUGAUUAGAGUUUGCAAUAGCGUUUGCUCUCUUGACUUUGUCUUUUGGAGUUAUCUAUUAGAAUUUUUUUAUUUGGCCAUUUCUGAUUCUAAAUGUGAUUCUCCGCAUCGUCCCCUGUAAGGCAAUGGCGCUGUCAGGGCCGAUGCAGCGACCCAUCCUGAUUGGAAAUGCAGCCUCCGCCAGGAACCCACCUCGAAAAAAGACCUCAUCGGACUCGGAUUGGGGUGAUGGUGAUGAUGAGCUGUUCGCGUCGCUGGCCGACAAUUUCGAACUAACCUCACAAACUGAAAACAUCCCCGUUGCGCCAUUGCCAAACAAUGCCCCUGCUUCAAGCGUGCGCCCCGUGCAGCCCCUCCAGCGUGGGCCUUCUCGUUCCAACCUACCAAUGCCUAGUAAUGCCCCCUCCGUUAAUGCAUCUGUUCCACGACCAAUGCUUCCCGCACCACGCGGUACACAGCGACCAGCAGCACCAAUUCCACGGCCCAACCAGCCCCAUUAUCCUGCCCCAUCCCAGAAAAGUUUCCGUGCUCCUAUGGGCACGCAGCUGAACAAUCUGAGAAGCUCCUACCCGUUUGCGCCUAGUCAAAUGGUUCCUGCUCAAAGAGCAGUGGGAGGAAUAUUCCAACUUAUUCCAAACCUGUGCGACCCCCGCCUUCGCAAAUCCCUUUUGGGGACCCAGUUGCCAGCUGUGAGUCCGGUUGCCAGCUUUGUAAGCAUCAGCUCAGCCGUGUCAUCUGGUGCUCAACCCUUGGAAGGUGAAAGUGUUGCGGAUUUACAAAAACAGAUUGAUCAGCUGAAGGCAGAGCUGCGGACUAAAACUGGUGAAACAAAGAUACUCCGGGAGAAACUUUCCGAAAAAGAAACCGAAAUUAGCAACCACGGCAAAGAGAAACAGGAAAUUAUUCUAUCUGCAAAGCAACGAGAAACCGAUUUGGAGAGUGAGCUGGCGCUUGUGAAGAAAAGAUGUGAAGCAGACAUUAAUUUCAAGGAUCAGGAUCUUUUUAAAAUGACAGACCAGUUGCACCGACUGGAAAUGCAGAAAAACGUUCAUGAGGCAUCGGCUUCAGAUGUGAUAGGAGCUGGUCGCAAGCGUCCUACCGACCAACUGGAACAACACGAAAAUGGUGGAUUUCAAACUAAUUGGCCUUUCCAUGGCGGCUCUGCCAGAAAGAAAUCGUGUAAGCGCUCAUAUGCAGAGAUGGCCGAAUCGCCCGUACAAACUGUCUCAGCGGAAGUGCAGACUGAUUUCUCGCAGCUCUCUGUCGCGGGAAAGUCUGCGGUAUCUGAUCCGGUCCCGGUUCCACAGUGUGAUGAUUUAUAUUCAAUGAGAUCUGAGAGAAUGGCGCGACUUUCUGAGUUCCUGGCUGAUCUGAAUGAUUGUCGAUUGGAAGUGGACGAGCGUCUCAGUACAUCCGUGCUGAUUAAUCCAUUUCCAAAAUUUACACUGACAUCCUCAAUUAAAUUUAACAACCGAAAGGAAUAUGUGCCUGUAGCAGAGGAAAAUCUUACGAUAUCUAGGAAUGAACUAAAGGACGGAAUUAAGACAAUCUGGAAGCAGGGAUCUCAGAAUACAUGGCCCACGCAUCUCGUUGCUGCCGAUGCAUUGCAUUUAUUCAUGGAGUCAAAUGCAGCACUGCACAUCGAAAGCCCGGAGAUUUGCUAUGAAUUUUUGUUGAGUGCGUUGGUGUCUGCUGCCGGCGAGCAUGUGCGGCAAUAUGUCGGUCUCCUGUAUAACCUAUGCUGGUUCCAUAAUCAACUCAUUCGCGGUUGUUCGGUGUAUGUUCUGGAGGAAAUAAGUAUUGUGUGUGGUAAGAUGACGCUUUUGGAGUAUGCCCUGAAAGUUUUGCGCAGUUUAUCUAGCGUAACGGUGCAGUAUCUGAAAGCGAUGGAACAUAACUGCAAGGUGGCAUUGGUGAUACUACGAAAACUUUUGGAGAAUUUUCCGGAGUUGCACAAAUUGUACGUGCAACAUACUCCAUGUGGUGAAGGGGCUCAUGGAGGUAAAAUCCCAAAAAUGGCCGAUAGUCCGGAUAAAACUUCCGAAUGUGCUGAUAAUGAGCCGAUUACUUCGUUUCUUUCUCUAAAAAGCCACGGAAGGGACCGCCGCAAGAGCCUCCAUGGUGACUGGAUUGCGUAUCAUAUUACAUCCGGUUAUGGAAUUGGUCAGGCUGCACAAGAACAGAUGAUAAUUCGCUUUAUGAAAUUCCCCGAGAUUCUAAGAUCUACCUCAAUUCUGGAUCUCAUGCUGAUGCUUAUGGAUCCUCUACAGUUUAAGAUAUUUGAGUACGACAUCAUGAGAUUGUCAUGUUUAGUGGUGACUGUCUUAGCGGACAUCGUAGACGUUUACAGCAAGGAAGGACGAAUAGUUGCAGAACGGCUUCCGGAGAAUGAAGUGGUUCUGAACUACGUGGCCAUGGCGGAAACUGAGGAAUAUCUCCUUGCGCCGGUACUGGAGUUACUUUUGGCUUCUGUGAAAUUUAAGCCGUUUGUCAUCACUUGGUGCUCAAAGGAUAUUGAUACAUGUAUCCUUCUUCGGCUGUAUUACAAUGUGUUUCUUACCACGGACAAGCAAGAACUGCUGACCGGGUGUGAUCUGCAUAUUCAGCUGAUCGAUCUUCUUUUGGAAAUAUUGAUGAGCGAUGAUGCCGAAAUCUGCUCCCUUGUCUGCCAAAAGAAACGACAUUGUACUGAACCGCUGGCGUGGCAGUUGACGGAGCUCCUGCAUGCCUAUGUCUGUUUGAUUCAGUCUUCUCGAAUGUACAUUCCGGAUUUGGAAGUCCCUGCGAACGUGCAGCAGUUUGUUACCAAAUCAGUCAUGUGGUUGUUUGCCUUGAAGAGAAAACAGAAGCACCGAAUAUGGAACAAAUAUUUUUCAUACGUGGAACAGUUUGUCCAGGCCAUUGUAGUGGUACUGCACGACGAACACCUGUAUGAAUACGAUGAGGAUUUCGGCGAGAUGCUUACACGGUUUUACCUCGAGUAUCCUAAACACGAGCCAAAGAAAACGUCCCGGAACAAUAAAAGACUAAGACUGUGUCCAGUCAUGGAUACCGAUUAACUGAAUCGAUCUCAUUAACUGUAGCUGUGGCCUGUGGGGACUUUGCGAAAAGUUUGCAAGGCUUGGAAGAGCUACCGUGACGAGUUUUCCAGCGUGAUGAAUAUCGCCGCUCUUGACAACAGCGGCCAGAUUUUUAUUGGCCGAGUUGAAACUGCAAAUAGCUGAGUAUUGCGCUAAUUUUUUUGCGCAGAUUCAUCACCUUCUGGCAGUUUUGUCUUUCUUAACAUCUAUCCGAAUGGUAUCAUUUCUGACUUGUGAGCAACUGAUUCGACUAAAACUUUUACGCGACUAUGUAAG